AUGUCACUUUAUUCCCGAAACUUUGUGAAAAUAAUUAUUACAUAAAUAUACAGUUUAGUUAGUAUAUAUUUAUAAAAAAAAUGGGAUGUUUUUACUCCAGACGCAUAGACGAGGAAGAUGUCAUAUACGAUAUGACACCGAUACGGCAUUUACCAGUGAUCUUCGUAAACGGGGUGCCCGGUGCCGGUAAUCAGACUGUCGCACAAACUAUUUCGAACAUAACUGGUUAUACGAUGAUAAGGCCAGGGGAAUUAGUGAGAAUGGAAGCGGAGAAGGAUACUGCCAGGGGACGCUUAAUUGCGGACAAGUUACAGGCUCAAGAAGAUAUUCCUGAGCAAGUAACGGUUGACAUAAUCAAAGAAACGAUGCUAAUGAACCAAGAUGCGAAAGGUUUCAUAUUGGUUGGUUUCCCGAAGAACCACAGGAUGUCGAACAUAUUCAAUCGGCAAGUAAAGUGGCCUGAGAAGGUCGUUGCUCUGGAGGUCGACAAUGAGGUGGCAGCAACGAGGUUACAAAACAAACUAUCAGAGCUCGGCCGGCCAGAGGCUGAGAUCAACUCAGCGAGACAGAUCGUAAAGGAGGCUGCGCAUAAAGUAAAAAAUGUCCAUAAGCGAUUUGGUGGCCACGUUGUUACGUUGGAUAGCAGCGGAAACCCGAAAAUCCUGGCUUCCACCUUAAAAGAGAUAUUAUCGGACACAAUCGAAAAGUGUAGAAAACGAGAAUCACAACUACCGAGUGCUGCGUCAGCUCCUACAGUUGCCCCCAAGUCCCCAACACCCAAGGCGCCCAUAGUCACUUCACCAAUAGAGAAUACACCAAUUCUUCAAUCUGAAAUCACAGAUGAAGCAACAUGAUUUUUUUAGUAUAAUGUUAA